CUUUCCAUUUCGUAAACAUUGCGCGAGAACACCUGGCAUGGGUUUGCUCAACUGAUCAUGUUGUGCUUGGAGAAAUGUUUUUUUAGGGGUAGUUAGUUGUUUGAUGUGAGAAGAACGCAGGUGUGUUUACCGAGACGUGAAAGUCAUUUAAGUCCCAAAUAAAUUUUGUGAAUCGCGAACUGUAGCACAGGUUGUAAAAUCUAAACCAAAAUUGUUUUUACUUCUGCUUGAGUCCAGCUGAAACGAGCAUAAAUAUUCUUGAGUACCACUCAAUGUCAUCGGGGAGUGUGUGCUGGAGUCGACGCCGCGGAGGCCUGCUCGGCUGUGUUCGGGCUGGACGGCGCGCGGUGCUGGUUUGCAGAGGCUGCAGCGGCUGCAGAAGCGCUGUGUUGUUUCGGGCCGAAGCCCGGCCGAGCCUCACCACCUCCACCUCCUAGGAACAACUGCUGCGGCAGGAUGGCGGUGCCCGAGCUGAUCCGCAAGAAGAGGGACGGCGAGGCGCUGAGCGACGAGGACGUGGCCCAGUUCGUGCGCAGCGCCGUCGACGGCUCGGCCCAGGACUGCCAGCUGGGCGCCAUGCUCAUGGCCAUGUACCUGCAGGGCCUGAGCGACCGCGAGACGGCCAGCCUCACGCACCACAUGGCGCACUCGGGCGACGUUCUGUCCUGGGACCCCGCCUGGAGCGACCUGCUCGUGGACAAGCACAGCACCGGCGGCGUCGGCGACAAGGUGUCCCUGCCGCUCGCCCCGGCGCUGGCCGCGCUCGGCUUCAAGGUUCCUAUGGUUUCCGGACGAGGCCUGGCUUUCACUGGAGGAACUCUGGAUAAACUGGAGAGCAUCCCGGGAUUCAGAGUGCAGCUGGAAGUGCGCGAGCUGGAAGAGGCGCUGCGGCAGGCGGGCUGCUUCAUCGCCGGGCCGACGGGACGCCUGGCGCCGGCCGACAAGGAGCUGUACCAGCGCCGGGACGUCACCUCCACCGUGGACAGCGUGCCGCUCGUCGUGGCCAGCAUCGUGUCCAAGAAGGUGGCGGCGGGCGCGCGCCUGCUCGUCAUGGACAUCAAGGUCGGUAAAGCUGCAUUCUUCAAGGACGUGAAGACCGCCCGCACUCUGGCGCACAAGCUGAUCAGGGUGGCCAAGGACCUGGGACUGUCGGCGAGGGCUGUGCUCACGAGGAUGGACGCGCCGGUGGGGCGCGCGGUGGGCAACUCGCUGGAGGUGGCGGAGGCGGUGGAGUGCCUGCGCGGGGGCGGGCCGCCGGACCUGGCGGCGCUCGUCGCGACGCUGGGCGCCGUGCUGCUGAUGGAGAAGGGCCGCGCCGCCUCGCUGGAGGAGGGGCAGGAGGCCGUGCGCGCCGUGCUGCAGUCGGGGGCCGCGCUGCGCCACUUCCGCCUCAUGCUGCGCUGCCAGGGCGUGGCGGAGCGCGCGGCGCGCGAGCUGUGCGGCGGGGACCCGUGGCGCGUGCUGCCACGGGCUCCGGGCGUGGCGCGGGUGCUGGCCCCGCGCGACGGCUGGGUGGCGGACGUGGACGCCCUGGCCGUGGGGCGAGCCAGCUGGCGCCUGGGCGCGGGCAGGAGCCGCGCCGACCAGGCCGUGGACCCGCGCGUGGGCGUGCUGGUGCUGAGGGCGCCCGGCGAGCCGGUGCGCGAGGGCGAGCCCCUGCUGGAGGCGCACCACGCCGGCGCCUCGCUGCCCGAGGACGUGCUGCGGGCCCUGGAGGCCGCCGUCACCGUGGCCGGCGCCGACCCGGGCCCCGCGCCCUCGCCCGUCCUGCAGAUCAUCUGAAUAAACACCCUGGCGUCUCUAGCA